AGGUAGUGGACAGAAAUAUCAUGAAUAAAAACGAUAGUAGUGCAUCAUUCAGCUUCAGAAGGAAUUUCUUCAGAAGCCUUCUUCGGCAUCUUUUUGUAAAACCGUUCCUCUUCACCAUUGCUGCAAUUUCCGUACUCGUACUGAUGCUGUUCGUGAUGGACCAACAACUUGAGUUAAAUCAACUUCCAGCAAUCAUAAACAUCAGAUCGAGACAAAAUAUCUUGGAAACAUCAGAACUGACCCAGCAGAUCAGAGCCAAGCUAAUGGAUAAUCGAAAUGGGUCCAGUGGAAGUCUGAAACUUAGCAAACCAGUGACUGGGCCCGAGAAUGCAGACCGGUCACAAGUUGGUCAGCCAAAAAUUCUGCAGCAAUAUUUCAAGAAUAAAACUGGAGGAACAUUUGUGGAGGCAGGUGCUUUUGAUGGUGAAGAAAUGUCCAACACGUUGUAUCUGGAGACCAUGUUCAAUUGGACAGGACUUCUAGUAGAAGCAAAUCCGAGUCAACAUUCUCGGCUUGUUGCAAAAAAUCGCCGAGUGGCAGCGCUUCAAGGCUGCAUCAGUCCCAGUGGUCAACCGUCCGAGCUGCAAGACGCAAAGAAACUGAUGCGACCAGGGCAGAGUUUGAACUUCAUGCCACUACCGUCAUCUAACGAUCCCAGCGUUAUUUUCUGCUAUCCCUUGCUCAACAUCCUCGCCUCGGCCGAUCUUCUUGAAGUGGAUGUUCUCUUCUUGGAUGUAGAUGGCGCUGAACCUGAGAUCCUUGAAACCCUACCCUUCGAGGAUACAAACAUAAAGGCGCUGGUUGUCGAGUGUUGGCACAACGGAUCCCUGGUCCCGACGAAUUGUACAGCAACCACUGAAAGAAUCAAGGCUACUCUGAAGCCGUGGGGCUACGAGUUACGCGAAAUCAUCAAUAAUCAAGACUUGUUGUUCAUGAAAAAGGACGCGAAUUGAUUUGACUACACAACGAAUAGGUUUCAAUUUGUCCGCUUAGCGACAAUGGAUUGAAAAGCUGCUGGAGAUGAUUGACUUUUGGUGGGAUGGCCAAUAUUUAUUCUUCUUUUUGUUCCUCCACUCUAGAGGUGACCGCAUCAUACGUGAUUACCCCAAAAUGUCUUCUUAAAAGCUCAAUAAAGGGGAUUUUUGAAAUGUUCAUGCUGAUGUGGUCGAACGCAUCCGAACUCGAAAA